AGCGCGCCACCCCGCUUUGGUGGUGGCUUCUCUGUCUCGCCGGAUUCCGCCGUUUCGCCAUCACAAAGGUGCCGUACCUUGCUACAGCUCUGCUUUCACUCUUGUUGGUUUAAGGUUUUAAUAUCAGCUUCUAAGGUUUCGUCCUGAUGAAAUGACUGGAAAUGGCAAGAUUGCCAGAACGUUCGAAUUAAUGAACUUUGAAGAAGGUGUAGGAGAUGGCUCCCUUGUUCUGCUCAAGCAAGGAGCUGAGGCUAAGGUCUUUGAGUUGAAUUUUGUGGGGAGGAGGUCGGUUGUUAAGGAACGGUUCUCGAAGAAGUACAGGCACCCAACGCUAGAUGCUAAGCUAACUCUCAAGCGAUUGAAUGCUGAAGCUAGAUGCAUGACGAAAGCAAGACGACUCGGAGUUUGCACUCCUGCUCUCUAUGCUGUGGAUCCUGUAUUGCACAGCUUAACAUUCGAGUACGUGGACGGUCCUGCUGUGAAAGAUGUCCUCCUUGAAUUCGGAUCUAAUGGUAUAGUGGAAGAACAAUUGGACGACAUUGCUGUGCAGAUUGGUGAUGCAAUUGCAAAACUACAUGAUGGCGGGCUUAUCCACGGAGAUUUGACUACCUCAAACAUGCUAAUCAGGAAUGUUGUCAACCAAUUGGUUCUCAUUGAUUUUGGCCUAAGCUUUAGAUCAACUCUUCCAGAGGACAAAGCUGUUGAUUUGUAUGUGUUAGAGCGAGCAUUGCUGUCAAUGCAUUCUUCAUGCGGGAAUGUGAUGGAUCGCAUACUUGCUGCAUAUAGGAAGUCUUCAAAGCAGUGGUCAGCAACCUUCAACAAGCUAGCUCAAGUUCGGCAACGGGGUCGUAAACGCACUAUGGUUGGAUAAGUCAAGAAGUCUCCAUUGUCUACUUAUUCAUGCUGUACAAAGGGGAGAAGCAAGGUGCUCUGUGAAACUUAUUAUAGGUUCAGUGAUGGAUUUUAGACUUGGUUAUUUUCUCUCACUGUCCACAGUUGUAUUAUCAUACUUCCCAAUGUACUGCAAGUGCGUAUUCGAAUCAGACUGCAUUUGUACCCGUCUUGAUUUGUUACUGGUGGCCUAAUUUGCAUAGAAGAUUAUGGCAUGACGUUCACCUAUUUUACCAUAACAGUCAACUAUUUUAGAAGUUCAUUUUAUUUCUCAAAGUGGUGCAUAAAAGAAAAUGAGGCCC